AGAAAGACUUCUUCAUUGGGUCCAUCAGAAACCAGCCAGCUUCAAGCUCCCAAAAAGCCUCUCCAGCAACCAUGGAAGAGUACUUCUCCGCCAUCCACAAGAUGGAGCAGAACGUGAUGUUCCCCAGCCUCCUCCGAGAGGUCUCUUUGGACGAGCACGACAGCGGAUGGGAAGUGGAGUUGGGCGACAAAGACCUCUACGAAUAUUACCUGCUCAAGAACAUCAAGCAGACGGUGGAAGGAGGCCUCUUGGCUCUGGACACCAAGACCUCGCACUUUCCUACCAGUCUGAAAGAACAACAGAGUCAAGAGGAAGCAGAUCUCGAAGGACUGUUUUAUUAUCACGUCUCCGGCUUGUACCGGGUCCUCACGCAACUCACCGAGGGGGCCAAGACGGUGACUUCCAGGUACAACCAGAUCAUGGGGCAGAUCAACCACAGCGAGAUGUCUCUUGGCUGGUAGGAACCUGGAAAGAACCACUGUUGCUACAUUCAUCAGGUUUCUCCUUGAAGAAACUGUUGAAGCGACUGACACCAUGAGGUCUGGAUUGCCGGCAAACCAAGCAAGAUUACUUUAGCUGCAACAAUACUUGGACAUUCAAAGUAUGGACUGUGAUGGCUACGAAAAAGCUAACACGGGUGCUACUCUGGUUUUCCUUCUGAUGUUCUUGUUGUUUGAAAAUUGCUUGUAACUUAUAAAAGAACUGAAGCUUUUUGUACCUGCAAGUAUAUUAUUAACAAUGGGUAAUGAGCCCAGAGAACUAAUAAAAUGGUUUAUUUUU